AUGGGUUUAAAUUCGACGAAAUCUUCAUUGACAAAUGCGGAAUAUUCCUUAACGCUUUCAUCGGCCAAUGAUUUCUAUCGGACACUGACGCCAAUUCAAGGCGAAUUUCAUUUAAAUGUUCGAUCGAAACUGCGGAUUGAAAAAGAAAUUCGCGUGGAUUUAGUUGGUCAAUUGCUUGAAAACAAACGAUAUGGAUCACGUUCUACACGAAAUUCUUCUCAAGCAAACAAUAAUAAUAAUAAUAAUAAUAUUUUCUUAACUUAUUCCUGUUCGUUGAUAACUUCGCAUGAAAAUGGUACAGCGCGAACAAUCAAACAACAACAAGUCAACUAUCCAUUUCGAAUUCCACUUGGAAGUAAUCUUCCACCUUCAUGUGAAUUCAAAGAAUUCUCGAUUGUUUACUAUUUGGAAAUCUUUCACGAUGGACGAUUGUUACCAAAUACACACAGACAAAUCACCAUUGCGCCACAAGUACCCCAAUUAACUGUUCCAUUACCAUGUAAAGUCACAGGUUCGGGUGAUGUAACAAUGAUCUGUAGUUUACCAAAGUCAUUUUAUUCGGGACGUGAUUGUCCUAUUGUACCGCUGUCAGUUUCCAUAACAAAUCCCAAGCAAAAACAAAUCAAAGCUGUCACAGCACAAUUAAUGCAGACAGUUUCAUUAAAUGGAAUCAAGCGGGAAAAUGAAAUUUUUACCGCUCUUCUUAAUGAAAUCGCUGAAAAUACGAAAGAAAAUGAAGUCAAUACUAGAUGUGAAUUGGUUUUACCUGCAAAUCUCUCCCCAACUCAUGUUCCCAAUGAAAAUGGUUCACCUGAUAAUCUACCAAAUAUCGCUAUUACUUAUGAAUUUCGUAUAACAGCCCAGAUGAAAGGUGCAACAACUCCUAAUCUUCGUUUAUCAGUACCGCUUGGUGUUGAAUAA